CCCCGCGGGCGGUACCGGCGGUGCUGGGGCGAGGGCGGUGCGGAGCGGAGCGGUACUCCCAGAUCGCGGCCCAUCGCGUCCUGUCGAGAUGUCGGGCGAYCAGUCCCGCAGCCUGGGCAAGGGUAGCGCGGCGCCGGGGCCCGUGCCCGCGGGGCUGCUCCGGCUCUACAGCAUGCGCUUCUGCCCCUACGCGCAGCGGACSCGCCUGGUUCUCCGCGCCAAGGGCAUCAGCCAUGAAGUAAUCAACAUCAAUCUGAAGAACAAACCUGACUGGUACUUUGAGAAGAACUCYGCUGGGCUGGUUCCUGUUUUGGAGACCAGCAAGGGCCAGCUGAUCUGUGAGUCCCCAAUCACUUGYGAGUAUUUGGAUGAAGCAUUUCCAGAGAAGAAGCUGAUGCCUUCMGACCCCUAUGAGCGAGCCUGUCAGAGGAUGCUCUUGGAAGACUUCUCAAAGAUAACAUCCUUGCUUUUCAAGCAUGUUUUGGCAGUCAAAGAUGGACAGGACACCACGGCACUAAAAGCAGAGAUUGCUGAGAAGUUUGGCAAACUUGAAGAGGCUCUGUCCAAACGCAACACCGUGUUCUAUGGUGGGGACUCAAUCUCAAUGAUUGACUACUUGAUCUGGCCAUGGUUUGAACGUCUGGAACCAUUCCAGCUGAAAGACUCUUUGAAUCACACCCCAAAGCUCCAGCGCUGGAUGGAGGCCAUGAAAAAGGAUCCUGCUGUCAAGGCUACAAUGACUGACCCACAGAUAUACAAGAACUACCUCCAGCUGUAUUUGAAGAACAGCCCUGAGGCAUGUGAUUAUGGGCUCUGAGGUGCCAGGAGGCGCUUGCUGGCUGAAGUGUCAGUGCUGUUUAUCAGUGUGGGAAGUUAGUGUAAUUUGAUGGGGGCUCUUCUGUGGUUGCAUUUCAUAAUAGGGAAUAAAUCUGCGCUGAAAAGGCUGAGAAACCUUUUGUGAACUSCACUCCUUCCUGUCAGGAGAAGGAUGUGCUGGUUUCAAGCAGGAGAUGGAAAGUCAUUGCUGGCCAUGUAUACUGCAUAAAGGAAAAUGUCUUUACKUAGAGGUGAUGGUCUGUAAUCUCUGGCCUCUUUGUAGGCAUUGCUGGUGAGCAUUCCCUGAACUGGUACUGGUACCUGAUUUAAAAAUUGUAAUACUGGUGUCUUGAAAAAAUAAUAAACAGUAAACAGUGUUGUCUUCAAACAGGUUUUCCU